AUGGCAAAUAAUGCAUCACUGUUUUUGGUGAUUCUCUCAAUGUGCCUCUUCAUUUUUUGCUCUGAAGCCAAAGAAUAUGUGGUUGGAGGCUCUCAGAAUUCCUGGAAAGCUCCUCUCUCCUCACCAGAUUCACUCCACCACUGGGCCAACUCUCACCAAUUCAGAAUCGGAGAUACUCUCAUAUUUAGAUACGAUGAGAGAACUGAAUCCGUGCAUGAAGUGAACGCGACAGACUACGAACGGUGCAACACGGUGGGGCAAGAACAUGUGGUGUUCAAAGAUGGAAACACCAAGGUCUUGCUCACAAAAUCUGGAUUCAGACACUUCAUUAGUGGGAAUCAGAGUCACUGCCAGAUGGGGCUAAAACUCGCUGUGGUUGUUGUCAUCUCCAAGAAAACCAAAACCCAAAACAAGCCUGCUCCUCCAACUCCUUCUCCUUCACCUUCACCAUCACCUUCACCAUCACUAUCACCUUCACCUUCACCACUUCCAAAUAAUCACGGUGUUAGUGGUAGUUCAAGUGGUGGAUUCAUCGGAGUUAUGAUGUGGUUGGGGUCGCGUAUACUAAACAUUGAGAAAGAGAGAAUAAACAUGACAAAAGUUAAGGAAGCAAUGAAAGAGGGUUCUUCUUCUUCUUCUUCUUCUUCUGCUGCUGCUGCUGCUGCACCUCAGCAACAUUCGACAGAUGUACUUCACCAACGUAGUAAAAUGCCUCGCAGUCCCAUGAAAAUGGCCAUUGUGGGCUUUGCAGCAAUCUCUGUGUUGGGUUAUUUGGUUUUGUACUCCAACAAGAAGCCUGAAGCAUCAGCAAUGGAUGUUGCUAAGGUUGCUUCUGGAAUGUCCAACCCAGAGAACACUCAUCCUCGCAAGUAG